AACGGCUCGACCGUAGUAUCCCAAUACCCCCUUUACUUCCUAAAUUAAUUUACAAAAUGCCAUCUGUAACACUGUAUUUUUAAAGACCCUUUGAAACUCUCCAUUCCGGUAGAACCUCCUUGAAGUGCCCAAUAUUUUUUCCGUUGUCCCUUCGCCUAACAACCCGUGAACGCCUCACGGUGACUGCGCUGACACUUGAAGCCUGACCUGAGCUAAAGCUUAGCAUGUCUGAGAAAGAGCUGGGGAAGAAAUGGGACCGCUGCCUGGCUGAUGCGGCUGUCAAGCUCGGCACCGGUCUGGGAUUGGGAAUAGUCUUUUCUGUCAUCUUCUUUAAACGACAUACAUGGCCAAUCUCUCUGGGCUCUGGUGCUGGACUGGGGAUGGCCUACGCAAACUGCCAGAAUGAUCUAAGAUCACAUUACAUGUUACGGAAAAGUGAAAAGGAGGCGUAGCUGCAUGUGGUCGUGGGCCAUUUUUCUUCCAUUUAUGUUUUUUUCAGAUCUCUGAGAAAGUCAUCAUUAAUAUUGCACUGUUGUCGGACAACUCUUUCAAGUCUGUGUCAUUUAUGUGCGUCUAAUCACAUUUAUUUAAUACAAUAGAAGUGUUUUUUCAAAAAUAAAAUGUAAUGAAUGAAACCUGAUUCUAAAAAUGUAUGGUAAUAAAUGAAUCAAAAAAUUAA